AUGAUUAGAAAUAUCUUAAUAAGAGGACAAAAUGUUCAAUUUAUUAAAGGAGAGAAUGUUUUGAUGGAUCAUUUCAAUAAAGUAGAGUAGGCUAAGAAAUUUUAAAAUUAUAUAAACUCUUGGGAAUAAUCUAAUGUGGAAGUUAAAUCAAUAGAGGUAUCUUAUGUAUACAUGUUUGGAUAAAAUAUUGGUUUUGUCAAUUUAGUAAUUGAUGCUUAUCUUAAUGGUAUUAAAUUACCUGGCUUCGUAUUUUUGAGAGGAGAUGCUGUGGCAAUUCUUUUGUUGGUUAAUAAUAAGAUGGUGCUUACAUAACAGUUUAGAGUCCCAGUUGGUAAAUUUACUAUAGAGGCACCUGCUGGUAUGAUGGAUGAAUAGGGUGAUUUUGGAGGAGUAGCUGCAAAAGAGAUCAAGGAAGAAACAGGAAUAUGCAUUUAACAUAAUGAAAUGCGUUAUUUAUAAGAUAUGUUAGUAUCUCCAGGUGGAAGUGAUGAAGUGAUUCAUUUAUUUGUUGUUGAGAAGAAUAUGGAAUAAGCAUAAUUAGAUGAAUUAUGUAAGAAAACACAUGGAGCAGAAGGAGAAGGAGAAUAAAUAAAGUUAGUGAUCUAAGAUUUUACAUGGUAAAAUAUAUUAAAGACAUAAGAUUCAAAAUUGAUAGCAGCAGCAGCAGCUUAUUAUAAUCAAAAAUUAUGAA